UUCAUUAAACUUUUGUCAUAUUCGUCACGGAUUACCCACUGUUACACCGGCAAAACCAAACUAUACGUCACUGUAUUGCAGUUGUUGUUAUCAACUUCGUAAUUUUUAAAAAAUGUAUAGAUUUGACAGGGGCAAGGGGGAGUGGGUUGAAUUAAACAAAAACCAGCAACAGGCUCUGGGGUUAGUGGAUAAUGUGGGGGGAGCAAAGAACGCCCAAAAUAAAGUCGUUCAUGUGAUGGAGGUAGAGAAGAUGGUGUUAAUUCGCGGUGGAAAGUUACGACCAAUGAAAAAAGAAUACUUUCCGCUUACUUCAACGGGAGAUCUAAACUUGAACGACGUAAAAGAUGGAGACUACUUAUUUACAGUGAGAAAAAAUGGUCAGACCGGUGAGGAAAUUGGUGUCAAAGUUACAAAAGCGGAUGUUAUAAAAGAUUGCAAGGCGAAGAUCUACUCCAUUUUCGCAAUACUCUGGAAAGAUUUUCAAGGAAGAGUUCGUGACAUCACUUUAGGGUUUUCGUGUUAUCGUGAUGCAACCCGUGCUGCGGCUGGUGCUAUCAAAAAUGCGUACGCCUUGAAUUCAUGUUCGAUACUGGAGCACAUGGAUCCUCGGCUGACAGCUGUUCGAGAAGACGUUGUAAUCUUUCCCGUUUUUGGAUGCAACUACAACGAUGGUGUCCAACUAAAACAACAUCGAAAGAACCGGGAUAAUUUGCCAGGGAGUAAUAAAAGUGAGGAAUCUUCAUACAUUCUAAGGAAUAUUUCAGGAAAAAUAGAUGCUUUGAUUGAUUCUAUAAUUUCGCAUUACAAACAACCCGUAGACGAUGACGACGACGAAGAAGAAAUAAUCGUUAAAGUUGUACCAAAGUUUAAAUCCUCAUCUUCGCACCCCAAAAAAUUCAAAUGUAACAAGGAGGGUUGCGAAGUGAGUUGUACAACACCAUCCGAGUUGAAAAUACAUUCCGCUGUUCAUGACGAUGCGAGGAACUUCAAAUGUGAGUUGUGUCCGGCGUCUUUUAAAUUCCCAAGCAGUUUAGCAAAACAUAACACCGCUAAACAUGGAUCUGGUUCAUUGCCGUUAACGUCAUCAGCGAAAACACAACACAAACCUAAAUUUAUACGUGCCGUACCCACCGCGACCAUUGUCUCACCCUCAACUCAACCUGACCGAAAAAUGAAAUUCACCGGUGUUCCCAAUAAACGCCAACUAAAUUUGUCAACUGCUUCUGAUGUCAUUCCUCCGAAAACAUCAAACCCGCCCCACUCACUUGUCUAUUCACACUCCAGCUCUGUCAUCCCUACUGGCGACAUCGUGCAUCAAAUCAACGAUCUGCGACAAAAGAACGAUAACCUCAGAGGAGAGAACGAUAACCUCAGAGGAGAGAACAACAACCUCAGAGGAGAGAACAACAACCUCAGAGGAGAGAACGACAACCUCAGAGGAGAGAACAACAACCUCCAAGAGACGAUAGAAUCAAAUAAGAAUAAGUGGGGGAAGGAGAGGUCAAAGUUGAACUUAGAAUUGGCGAAGUUCCGUAAGUUGGUUAAAAGUAUGGUGCCGGAUAAGCGUGUUCCUUUGUGUUCUUUAACUAAUUCUAGUCAUAAGUAGUCACUUGAAAAUAAAACAUAAAGUAUAA